CCUUGCAUCGUUCAACCACUCUCGUUUGUCCUCUUCUCCUCACACAGCUGCUCUCCGGCAGAUCCGGUCCAUCGCGCACCACCCGCCACGGACCUCUCCAACGCACUCCCGCGGAUUGAAACAACCCGGUCCCACGGUCCCAGGCGCUCGCCGCCCACUCGCCAACAUGCACGUCGCCGCCCUCCUCGCGGUCCUCCCUCUGGCGGCCGCUUCCAUCAGCUUCAACGGCAACGUCGGUCCCAAGCUCGCCUUCAACUCCCCCGUCACCCUCAAGUGGACCACCAACGCAAAGCCCGCAAAGGUCUUUCUCGUCUCCGGCACCGAGGACGCAAACAACAUCUACGCCCUCUACGACGUGGUUUGCGACGUCUGGAUCACCAACAAGCUCGACCAGGCUUGUACCAGCGACCAAAACGAGGUCACCUGGACCCCCAAAGACGUCCCCGUUGGCACCUACUCCUUCAUGGCCCUGGCCAACGACGGCUCGCGCGGCUUCAGCAAUUUUGUCAGCAUUGACCAAGGCAGUGGCGUACGUCCUGAGCACCCGUCCCACGACUUGACUUUUUCAUGACUCGAUACUAAUCUGUGCCCGUAGCCAACCUCAUCCGCAUCCUCGGCUGCCACGUCAGCCACGACCACCGCUCCAUCAACCUCGGGCACCACCACAGGCAGCCCCUCAAGUACAUCGACGGAUCCAAGCUCCAGCCAGAC